AAGCGCCUAUCGCUUAGACUUCAUCCACAAUCUGUCUUGCGCAACGGCUCCUUCAUCUUCUACAUUUACCACCAGUGGAUUCGAGCCUGCCGUAUAACACCACUUUCUCCAACCCGAUGCUUGCUGAUUGUUGGGAACAUCGGAGAUGUUUCUGUACCGUUGUAUAGCGCUCGCCACCGCGGGUACAAAAUGAGCGACGUCGAUGAUCACAUUGAAACUCUAAGUCUCUUACCUCCACCCCUGAAGCUAUCGCAUAAUUGUCAUAACUCCCCAGAGAGCUAUGUCUGGAGCUACUGAGUCGAACGUUUCCCUCUGCGUCGCUCGCCCUUCGUCUGGCCAGGAUCCUCAUGUUCCGGUCAUAGUGCGCUCGCCGAAGCCUACACUGCCGAAGGAUCAUAUCUUGGUUAAGGUGGAUAGGUUUGGCUUCUCAGCCAACAAUGUCACCUAUCAGGCUUUGGGUGAAGCACCUCAUUUCAAGUACUUCGACUUUCACCCAGGUCCAGAGGCAGAGGGAGUAUCACCUAAGACCCACGGUUUGGUGCCUGUAUGGGGCUUCGGUACCAUCAUCGCGUCGACGAAUGACAAAUUGCGCGCAGGGGAGAGGAUCUAUGGAUACCUCGCACCUACGCGCUAUCUCCUGCUACCUGUAGUGUCUUCGAACAUCAAUAAAUACUUCUUCUACAUUCCUCGACCACAUUUACCCGAAGGUAUAUGCAUUCGUAUCCGUAAUUUAAAUGUGUCUGACAGAGGUUUAGAUCGCAGACCUUACAAUCAGAUUAUCCGUUGCGCUUCAGACCCACAAUACGACCCUGCGCCUGCAGCAGAGGACCUGACCAUGCUGUAUCGGCCUUUAUUCUGGACUUCGUUCUGGUGUGAGGACUGGCUGUAUGCGUCGUCCUACCGUGGUGCGAAGCGGAUCGUCAUAUCAUCUGCUUCCUCCAAGACGGCGUUCUGUCUUGCGUAUUGCGUGAAGAAACGCAUUGAAAAAGCAGGGCUGACUGGAAUUCGAAUUGUCGGGCUGACGUCGAAGCGAAAUCUUGAGUUCACCAAAGGCUUGGGGCUUUAUGAUGAGGUGGGCCAGUACGAUGGUUUCGAAAACCAUCCUGCUCUUCAGCUCGAUGGACAGAAAUGGCUUUACCUCGACGUGACAGGGAACGAGGAUUUCAAUAAGCGCGUGUUGGCGUACUUCGCUCCAAGCAAGGACCUGGUUCUUGGAAUUCGGUUCGGCAUGACGACACUAUCGCCUUCGUCUUCCCCUGCAGCUUCCACAGAGCUGCCUACAUCGAGCACUGCACAAGAGUUAACUGCAGACUCUUUGUCACCUGACAGUCUAGUAUUAUUUUUCAUGCCCGAAUGGCUUGCCAUUCGUCGUAAGCAGUUGUCUGUCCAGGGUAUCACGAAGAUGCAGCUGGAGGCAUGGCGCGAGUUGAUGAAAGAUGGAAGGAACUGGGUACGCAUUCAGAGGGUCUAUGGAGGCGAAAACGUGAAGAAGGCGUAUGAGAAGAUCGUCAAAGGUGAACUGGGUCCUGACGUCGGUAUGGUUUGGAGCCUGUGGGAUGCUCCGGAGGCUGUGAAUUCGAAGCUCUGAGAUCCCUGCCUUCAGUGAACAUUGUGAGUGUCGAUAACAGUAACACGUGUUGCUAAUCUGACGGAUCUACUAAGUUGUAUGAUUAAUCCACCGUGUACUUCAACCCGAUACCUAUGGUGCAAAACACCUAGUCACCGCUACUUUCGGACAGUGGCCAACUUGGGGUCGCGACCAAAAAAUUUGAUAUUUCAUGUCCAGCAUCGGCGCGACGUAGUCGGGCGAGCUCCUGAAGCUUUAAAUAUGCAUUUUCCUCACUGAAAAAGGUCCCCAGCGUAGUCCAAGAGUACUCGAGUAUGUUCUCGGAGACUCUUGUGGGCGCUAAUCAUACCAAAUAAGGUAAGUGGCCAAAUUCUCACGAGCCCUGGGAAAUAACUUCUGUAGUUUUGAGAAUUUCGACAAACCCUCUGACGAAUCGAUUCCUAUUGC